GAGGAAGUCUAAAGCUUCUACAGACGAGGGACUAUGAAACAAGCAUCGCAGCAGACACUUUAUACUGCACAAAACGGUUUUAAUGGGGUGCAACAACUAUUCCUAAAACCACUUACGAUAUGAUGCCUGAGAAUCACUACCCUGAAGAAUACAGGAUUUCAUCACUGGUCUUCUACAGUUUUGUAUUCAUAGUAGGACUGGUAGUGAAUGCCACGGCACUAUGGGUUUUCAGCUGCAGUACCAAGAAGAGAACCACUAUAACCAUAUACAUGAUGAAUGUGGCAUUACUUGACAUAACUUUCAUACUUUCCUUGCCUUUUCGGAUAAUCUACCAUGGGAAAGAAAUGUGGCCUUUUGGAGAUAUAUUCUGUCGGAUUAUCGGUGCUUUCACUGUAUUUUAUCCAGCCAUUGCUCUGUGGUUGCUUGCUUUCAUAAGUGUAGACAGAUUUAUGGCUAUUGUCCAGCCCAAACAUGUCAAAGAACUGAAAAAUACAAAAAAAGCUCUGCUGGCUUGUACAGGAAUCUGGAUAAUGACCCUUGCAACAACUUCCCCCUUGCUCUUUCUACGUUCUGAUCCAGACAAAGCCUUCAAUUUCACCACCUGCAUGAAAAUGCUCGAUAUCAUCCAUUUAAAGGAAGUAAAUAUGUUGAACUUUUCUCGCUUGAUAUUUUUCUUUUUGAUUCCUUUGCUUAUCAUGAUGGGGUGCUACCUAGUCAUUAUUUACAAUUUUAUCCAUGGCAGGACUUCCAAGUUGAAGCCUAAGGCCAAGGAGAGAUCCAUAAGAAUCAUAGUUACUUUGAUUGCUCAAGUACUUGUGUGCUUUGUACCCUUCCACAUUUGCUUCGCCCUCAUGAUGUUGAAUGAAGGUACAAGUUACAAUCCAUGGGCAGCCUUUACCACCUUUCUCAUGAACCUCAGUACUUGCUUGGACGUUAUACUGUACUAUAUUGUUUCUAAACAAUUUCAGGCUAGAGUCAUCAGCGUCAUCCUUUAUCGCAAUUACCUCCGAAGUGUGCGCAGGAAGAGUUUUCGAACUGCAAGUGUAAGAUCACUCAAUAAUAUCAACAGUGAAAUGAUAUAAAGAAAGAGUAAAAACAUUAGAGGGAUUCUCUAAUGAAACAAGUGAUUACCCUUCCAGAUUCCAGAAUUUUGGCUACACUGAAAAACGUUCUAUGCCCAGAAGUAACAGAUGUUUGUUGCACUGUAACUAUGAGAGACGUACAAUGAUAAUGGCACCUCUUCAUGUUUGCUCAACAGUCUUUGUAAAUCUGAAAUGAACUAAAACUUAGUAUCAGCGUUAAACUGCCCACCACUUUUGUCACCUUAACAAAUUGUAACUAUCUCCAGAGAAGAAAUAACCAUUAGUGUAAUAAAGCACUAACACUGAAAA